GUUCCUGUACACCCUCAUACAUACACAUACACCACUUUAGACGCGCAGUGCAAGCACAAUGCAGGUCAUGCAGACUCGCACCGUUUCGGGCGCUCGCCCUAUUGGCGCCAGCAGCAGCCGUGUGACCCUGGCUGCCGUGAAGCAGGUGAAGGUGUCGUCCACCACCACCAGCGCUUCUCCCCAGGAGGAGAUCUACAUCGGCUUCGUCAAGGAGGAGGGCUUCGGCUCGCGCGAGGGCCGCAAGGGCCGCGUCAUCAAGGACGACCCCAAGAAGUACCCCAGCCGCGACUGGGUUGGCGUGGGUGGCUGGGCUGGUGGCGAGGCCGGCCUGUGGCAGCUGCGUGAGCAGGUCAUUAAGGAGAAGGACUCCAAGAAGCCCGCCGCCCCCGCCCCCUCGUCGCCCCUGCCGGUGAAGGUCCCCAAGGCCCCCGCGGGCAAGGCGCCGGUCUACAUUGGCUUCGUCAAGGAGGAGGGCUUCGGCAACCGCGACGGCAAGCGCGGCCGCAUCGUUGUUGACGACCCCCGCAAGUACGGCGGCAAGGAGGACCUGGGCCCCCUGCCCGGCGUCACCGGUGGCUUCGCUGCCGGCGAGGUGGGCCUGAAGCAGUACGUGGCCACUGGCGAUGUGAAGCUGCGCCAGCCCGGCCAGCCGGGUCCCCGGCAGUUCUCGCCGCUGACCCUGGCGGGCGUGGUGGCCCUGGCCGGCGCGCUCGGUGGCGUGCUGCUGGGCCUGGUGAACGACGCGGCGGGCGGCAACUGAUGAGAACACGCUCAAGUACGUUGCAGUCGGUGCGGCGGUGGUGGGCGGCUCGGCGGUGCUGAUCGCGGUGAACAACGCGGUGCGCUCGCUGCAGCGGCAGGUCGAGGAGAACGGGGGUCGCGUGGUCGUGUCGGCGGCGUUCCUGGCCGUGGUGAUUCUGCUCGCCAAGAGCAUCAUCGAGAGCCAGUAAGGAGCGCGAGGAGGCGCGGGAUUAACGCGCCGGCUGCCGUGUGCUGCUUGCCUGGAGGGUAAUUCUGGGGAGCAGCGCGCCGCCGUUUUGGCACAGCAGGAUGGCAAUGAGAGAGGACUCACGACGUUGGGCGAAAGGGAGUUUCGGCACCCUUGACACCUGCGGAGAUGCUGAACCGCUGGACCACGCAAUUCUUUACCUUCCCCUUCGGCAUGCUGCUAUACGUUUGCUGCUGCCGCUGCAGAUUGCAGCCGAUGGUGUGUGUUUGUGUAUUAGGGGUUUUCUGGGGGCCGGGCGCGGUACAAUUGGGCGCGCCGCCGUCCGCCGUGCACUGCCGUUGUGAGCUGCUGCAAAGCGUUUUGUGUGUGUGUGUGAUGUGAUGUGAUUGCAUCAUGGGCUGAUGGCUCAUUGCAGCUAAUUUUCUGAGACUGUUGCUUUGGGACACCUGCCGGGUGUUGUCUGAUUUUCCCGCGGAGCUCUGGCCCCGCUGUUGCGGGUUGGCAACCGCUCAAUAAACCUUACUGCCUCCCGCAUCCGCUUUGGUUCGCGGCGCGCUUCCGGACGUUUGUGGACGGGAGGGCUGCCCCGAGCCCUUGGCACAAGCCCUGAGGCGCAGGCGGCGGCUCCUCGCCGGGCGCCUACUUGUCUGGCAGCUCAGUCGCGGCGCGGGCGGGUUGCGGCGAGCGAUUGCUCGAGUGAGAGCGAAGUGAAGAGUGAUUGCGGGACCGUGACAGGCCACACGCAUUUGGCCGCCUGGCGGACCUCUGGGCACAGUCGCGGGGGCGGUGCCUCAAACAUGAGAGGCCCGCUUGAGUACAAGAGAAGAGCGUCUGACAAAGAGUUUUAUAUAGUCCGGAGCGAGACUGUUCGCCCGGGGCGUACAUGGAUAGAAUGACACUAAUGAUAUGACCGACCGGGAAUGGAGAUGUGCUUGGUGUGUCACGAGCGGCGCGGGGCAGGGCGGGGUGGUGCGCCACGAAGUGCUCGGGCGGACUACUUGACGCCCCGCGUGCGCAGCCAUGUAAGAGAACCAUCGU